AACGCAUUACGAAGACACAUUGGUAAAUGUUGCAAAACAUGCAAACCUCGAACCUGUCCAGCCCGCCCCACCAUGCCCCACACUGCCCAGACGCUUGACGUCCCUGCGUUCCAAGUUGACGAACCCUCCAUGCACAGCCCCAGCCCCGCCUUGCACCUUCCCCGCCUCUUGCCGACUACCGGCCGCCACCCACUCAUCCAUCUAUCCAUCUAGCCGAACCCUUCCUUCUCCAGCUCCAGCCAGCCCUCCUGGAGUCCUCUAGGGUCCUGGAGUCCGCCAUGGUUGGAAAUAUCUGAAACGAAAUGUCAAUAUUCGGUGCGAGGCACACGGAAUCCCCAGUUAAACCGUGAAAACCAGGUCAAAUUAUACCAAUCAUGUUUCUUUGGACACGACGAAGCCUACGCUACUAUAUUCGCCACUUUCGAGGAUUGUUUGUUUUAUCAUGCUGUGCCAUAGCAGUUCUUACUUUUGUCAUCGUCUCUAUUUUAUUUGCCCGAACAAUAUUAAUCCAACAUCGUCUAGAUGUAAAGCUCGGAGCUCGAGUAGAAGAAAGAAGGGAUCUUGUGGAUGAAGCUCGUAGUCUAGAACGAGCUGAACGUCUUGCAGGUGCUUUAAAAAUUCCCACUGUGUCAUACAAAACUGAUCACCAAGAGACACAAGCAUUUACAAAAAUACACGAAUAUCUUCAGAAAAGUUUUCCCAUUCUUCAUUCUCAUCCAGCUGUAAAACGGGAGAUAAUAAAUGACUUAAGUUUAUUAUACACUGUACAUGGGACAAAGUCUGGCAUCUUACCCUAUCUUCUAGCAUCUCACUUGGAUGUCGUACCAGUGAAUGAAAAAGAUUGGAGUGUUCCGCCUUUUGGAGGAAUUAUUGUAAACAACAGCUACAUCUACGGACGUGGGGCAAUUGAUGAUAAGUGUGGGGUGCUUGGUAUAAUGGAAGCUUUGGAAUAUAUUCUUGAAAAAGGUGAUAGACCUCAUCGAACAUUUUUCAUUGCAUUUGGCCAUGAUGAAGAGGUGUCAGGCAAGCGAGGCGCACAAGAAAUAGCAAAGCUGCUAGUCAGCCGUGGGGUGAAAUAUCUAGACUUUGUACUGGAUGAGGGAUUUCCUGUAAGUGAUGAGCUAAUACCAGGGACCAACAGACCAAUUGCUAUGCUCGGUGUCUCUGAAAAAGGUAUUGCCACUAUUGAAUUAAGUGUGAGUGGAGCACCAGGGCAUUCGAGCUUCCCUCCUGCCGAGUCUCCCAUAGGGAUUCUUUCAGCUGCUGUCUCUCGUUUGGAAAAAAGCCCACUACCCUCUAUGUUUGGACAUGGUCCAGAGAAACAGAUGUUUGAAUACCUUGCACCUCAUGUCUCCUCUGCCUACAAAACUGUCUACAGUAAUUUGUGGUUCUUUUCCCCAAUGAUGGAGUAUAAAAUGGCCAGCCAGCCUAUAACAAAUGCUUUCAUGAGGACAACAACUGCAAUAACAAUGUUUCAGGGUGGAAUUAAGGAAAAUGUUGUACCACCAUCAGCAUCAGCUCUAGUCAACUUCCGGAUUCACCCAGCCCAGACUGUCAAGGAAGUGUUGGCUUACACUAAACAAGUAAUUGAUGACCCAAGGGUGCAGAUGAAAGUAAAGCGAUCAAGAGAGGCCCAUCCAAUAUCACCCCAUGAUGCCCACAGUGUGCCAUAUCAGAUGAUAUCAACUUCAAUCAGAGAAGUCUUUCGCAAUUCCAUUGUUGUUCCAGCUGUUUUUAUCGCUAAUACUGAUACCAGAUGGUACCUUAAUUUCACAUCAAAUCUCUAUCGAUUUUUGCCAACCAUGGUAAGGCUCAGUGAUGUGUCACGUUACCAUGGUCAUAAUGAGCGCAUCUCUGUAGAAAACUACCACCAGUCUGUAAGUUUCUACUACCGUGUUAUAAAAAAUGCAGAUCUAAUUCUCUCCCAAGGGUAUACUACCCGUCCCUUUUCAGCUGAAUUGUGAAUAUGAGGAUACAUGACCUCCUCCAUUUGCAUUAUCAUCAUUCCUCUCUUAAGUUCAGACUAGCAAACAACUGCAUACUGUCAUCUGUAGAUUUUAGAAUGAUAUUGUUCAUUGUUUUGAAGAAGACAAGGCAUCAGAAUGUGAAACUCUUGUUGUCAUUUUCCUUAGUAGCUCAUGGCCCAUCAAAGUUUAGCAUACUUUUUCUGGAAGAAGGGAUGUCUAUUAGAUUUUUAACUAAACCAAAUUAGCCUUGUUUUAGUAAUUAUGUGAGUGUCAUUUUUAGUGAGCUUCUCAACAGCCUAGUUUGCUACUUUGAACAAUUAAUUAAUCAAUCAAACCAUAAUGACUUGAUCUAUUUGUUAUUGUUGUUAAAAUAAUUUAUGAAAUCCUUUUUAAAAGAGAGUGAGGGUAGAAUGCACCUCUAGCAUGAAAUUGAAGUUCUUUGUCAAUGCUAUGAGACACAACAAGGGUAUGUUCCUUCAAGCCCUGGCCUUUCUGUUGUGGUUGCCCCUUCACAAAAGAUAAUGGACCUAAUUGUAUGGUUUUGAUCCUUCUUCUAACAAUGAGGCGUGUAAGGUUUUCUCACCAAAUCUGAACAGAAUCAGUAUUAAUACUAUUUUUUUGGACGGAUUUGUCUUUAAUAAACCUCAGCUUUCUAUUUAGUGACUGUACCCUAUAGUUAAAUAAUUUCAAUGUAUUUUUUACGUCUUUGUGUCCUUUAUUUCUGGGAGGGUAAUUCUGUUGGCUCAGUCACUGACUGAAAACAGAGAAUCUGGUGUAUUUGUUAUUUAGAGAUUGUUAAAUUGAGAAGUUUUGAUACAGAGGAGGUGUCAUUCAUGGGUACUCAACAGGGUGCAGUUAACAAAAUUGGAAUUUGUGAUAAUUACUGCUUAUGAGAGAUGUCUAAAGUAGUAUGGAUUGGGGCAGCCUGUUUUCUUGCUCUACAGUCACCUCCAUGUCAUUCUUUAAUCUAUUGUUUUGUCUUUCUAAAUGUAAAUUAUUUUGGGAAAGAGCAAUGUGAAGUGUUUUUGUUUAGUUGAUCUCAGGAGAAGAGGCAACUGCAAAGCAAAAUCUGAGCACUAAUUUUGAAGUAUAUGGUGUGAAAUAGGUAAUAUAAACCAAGCUGAGCAAAGAAUGUUACUGAACAAUAUUUGUGCUUCUUGUAAGAGACUGAUUUGUAUUCUGAAAGUGCCUAAGGAAAAUGUAUCUUUUGUACAUAUCAAAAAGGCAGUUGCACUUUAAGUUACUCACUUCUUAUGUUGCAGUCGGUCUAUAGUUCGAAAUCAAAAAAGCUAUAAAGGUUGGAUAAUCUAUUUACUUUAAUUUUUAGUCUACUGUGUCUAAAAAAAAACAUACACAAUGUGGAAAAUGUGCCAGAGGGUACAGUUACUACACUUAUAGAAACUGAGGAGGGAUUCAACUAUUUUGUGCCACUCAAAGUUAAUAAAUAAAAUAAUGACUGGUAUGUGAAAUAGAGCAUAUGUACAGUAACCCAUCAGAGUACAUAUUUGUAUAUAGGUAUAGAACAAAUUUAGUACUUGUAUUAAAUUUCAGUUAAUAAUAAUUUAAGCUAUGACUGUUUCUGUGUUUCCACAAAGGCAAGUUCAUGUAACAGUUGUUCAUACUUUGCAUGUGCGCCUUUUGGCAACAAAACAAGGAAGAUAGGCUGUACAUAUGUGUAUAGUAUCUUUAUGACCAUGAAAUUCGAUUUACUCCAUCCAUGAUUUAGGAGCUUGGACUAGUCACUUUAAUUAAAUAAAGAAAAUUAAAGCCCCAAA